AUGGCCUGGGUGAACACAUUGAGGUCGCGCUCGCUCGAGGCCAAGAAGAGUUUGGACGCUUAUACAGAGUUGGACGUGUGGAUCUCGUCAGUGUUCUACAAUUCCAGCCUGGGAUUCAUCAAAUGCUCAGUACUGGCUCUGUAUGCUCGCUUGGGUGAUCGACAACUCAAACGCAUGUCGCUGAUCGUUCUGGCCAUAUGUGCCGCAUCGGCGAGUGCUAACGUACUGGUCUGCAUCUUCCAGUGCUGGCCGUUGAAUGCCGCUUGGGAUCAGACCAUUACGCAAAAGCGGUGUGUCAACAUCAACGCUUUCUACCUGGCCAAUGCAGCGACAAACAUUGCCACUGAUCUAUUGGCAUACCUUUUGCCAAUGAGACUUGUGAAAAAUCUGCAAAUUCCGAAGAAGCAAAAGAUUGCGGUCGGAGUCAUGCUAUGUCUUGGUCUUUUUACCUGCGUUUCGUCAAUCAUCAGAAUUUCCUUCAUUCCGGUCAUGCUGACCUCCGAUGACCCAACCUAUGUCAUCGCGCCCCCGUUCUACUGGUCUGUCAUCGAGAUCAACAUUGGUGUCUUGGCAGCAUCUAUACCCUCAUUCAAACCACUUGCCAAACGCUUCUUGCCACGCUUGAUUGGCGAGAGUUCUUACAAAGGAAGACAAGGAUAUGCCAACUCAGGCAGUCUCAAGGCACACUACAAAGGCAACUCGGGCAGCGGUUUCGGUCGCCUCGACAGUGGAAAUGCUGUUCACAUGGGCGACUUCAAGAAAAGCGGCGCCAUGAGCCAUACCGAAAGUCUCGAUCACCCCAAUCGUCUGCAGAAAACAGGACAGAGGGAUCCGGCGUUCUACAACGGUGGAGAAAGGACCACCCAGGGGUCCAACGAGUCUCAGCACAGCCAUUCGAGUGAGGAGUAUAUCAUCAAGCCCGGAAAAUCCGAUAUCGUCCGGACUACUGAAUUCACUCGAACAGUCGAAGAGGCUCAUCCUCACUCAUCUCGAGGCAAGAAGGAUUUCUUUCCUGGGACUGCGGUCUAA